CCGGCGGAUUUCCUUACAGCACGCAAGCCCGUGGGGGGAUGGACAUCCACUACGUGAACUAAAUUGUAACGAAAAACAAUUCGCGACAACUCGUCACUGUUGCGCGCAGCACCGCGCCAUUUAUUCGCGAGUUACUCAGUCGGCACGACCGACCAACCGCGAUCGCUUCGGAACUUUAAAGAAAGAAUCCUAAUACGUUCCAAUGUGUUCGACGACUCCAAUGUAGCUGUAUGAACAAAAAAGCCUUGACGUCUCUUAUUGUGCGAAUUUAUCUUCACGUCCAUGUGCCGAACGGUAACGCAUCCUCUAUAAAAGUGAGAAGAAGACAUAAAAACAUAAAGUCGUGAUAAUCAGGCACUGAACGAACCGAGAAAACUUAUAGAAGAUAAAGAUUCGAAUGGAUCGGUGAUUCCAUGAAAUAUAUGAGAGAUUCAAGUGUUCGUCGCAACGUCCAACGUCUCGGAAACGCGGGAGGUCCGAAACAAAUGGUGAACGAUCCUAAGUCCGUGUCAGGAUAAUGCACGAAGUGACAGUUCGUGCUUUCGUCGCGCGCGGGACGAGCCACUUCUCAUGCACGUGAGAAGAGAGGAACACGGCGGAGGAAUGCUGUGAUGUGAUAAUUACUUCGGCACAAUUCAGCGUUCUUCGUUUUCUUUCGAGCGGUCGAAAACUGCGACACGCUGCUCCAUCUCGAUGCCGACGGUCGAGCGAUCCCCGCGAAGCGCAAUCGAAUCUUGAAAGAGAGGAACGCGUGAGAACAUUGCUCAUCGCUCAUAGAAUCGCGCGGACAGUUCCUUGAUCAAAUAUGGAGGACAUAAAGGUGCCGAACUUAGGUCAGGCCGCUUCAGCCGCGUGCUCCAUGGCGUCUAAUUUUUUGGCACCGGUGAAGACUGAGCGCCAAAUCUACGAAAAUUCGAUGCUCGAGGACGAUCCCAAUGCCAACUCGGUAGUAUCGACCUCUCAAGAGGACAGGACUGUGCCUAGGUGGGGCCCAAAUCAUAAAGGUGCUCAGGAACUUGCGAAUCUCUAUAGCACUGGCAAGAGAACACAAGAGUGCAUCUGUGUGGGGAUUUGCAUCACCCUUAUAGCUGUAAACUCCAUCUUCGUGCUCAUCAGGUUACGGCUGGAAAAUUUGAGUUCUAUAGCAAUGGCAGCAUUGUGCGGCAUCAUUACUGCUGAUUUUGGCUCCGGCUUGGUUCAUUGGGCUGCCGACACUUGGGGCUCGGUUGAACUGCCAAUUCUCGGGAAGAAUUUCUUGAGACCGUUCCGCGAGCAUCAUAUAGAUCCGACUAGUAUAACGCGACACGAUUUCAUCGAGACCAAUGGCGAUAAUUUCAUGGUCACGAUACCGGUUCUAUCGAAACUCACGUGGGAUUUUCUAACAUUACCCGAAGCGGACAUGCAACAAAAGUUUCUUUGGACAUGCUAUUGGUUUCUACUUGCAAUCUUUGUGGCAAUGACUAAUCAGAUACACAAGUGGUCGCAUACGUACUUCGGACUGCCUGCCUGGGUGAUUUGGCUUCAAGAGCAUCGGAUCAUCUUGCCAAGAAAGCAUCAUCGAGUGCAUCAUGUCGCGCCUCACGAGACUUAUUUCUGCAUCACUACAGGAUGGUUAAAUUGGCCUUUAGAGAAGCUGCACUUCUGGUACAUCAUGGAAGUGAUCAUUGAGAGUAUCACCGGUUGCAAACCCAGGGCCGACGAUCUGAAAUGGGCGCAAAAACGCUCUUGA